GACCGAACGCGAGUCGCUUCUCGCCGACCUCCAAACGAAUGCCUUUGUCAUGACUAUCCGGAGGACGGGACUGCAGCGGGAUGUCUUGGACUUGUAUCGCUCCUUGCUGCGUGUAGUGCGAACAAAGCCUGAGUCAUCGCGAGAUCAUUUCUACAAGUACAUACGGUCUCAAUUCAGGCAGGAUGCUUCCAGCGUAUCUCAGAGGGAUAUAUCUACGAUUGAGUUCAUGCUGAGAAAGGGACGAAGACAACUAGAGGUCCUGAAGAGUGAUAGUGUAGUGGAUAUCUCCCCUCCGUCAUAUUAGAACCUCCACACUUUGGCGGAUACCUUGUACAUAGUGCGGAGCCGAUGGGUAUUGGCACUAGUACAAAGAUUCCAACCAAUUUAAUCAUAAUUUUACUCGAUUUAGACUCAUGAACUAUGGUUUGUUUGAUCCAAAAAUCCUAUAAUAGUCAUCGUCCAUUUUCCCAG